ACGGAAUAAACUGUAAGCUUCCAUUCCCAUCCCACCGUUUAAGAUGUCUAAAAGGAGUUUGAGCUCUUCGACGAUGGCGGCGUUUAUGCAAGUGAUCCUUACUUUGACGUUCCUCUUGGACGUGGAAUCACUCAAUGCUAUUUGUGAGGGCAAUCAAUGCUACCAUGUACACGAGGACAUUGCAGACUUCACUGCCGCAAAAAAGGUUUGUCAAGAUUCAAAGGGACAUUUAUUGACAGUGCGAUCAAAUGCAUCAAACAACGCAAUCUCAACUUUAUUGACCGACUUAAAGGGAGACUUUUGGAUCGGGCUACAAUUUAAUGGCAACUGUCCCCAAUCCCCCUCUGAUUUGAAAGGAUACAAAUGGAUAACGGGACAAGAGGAAGCCGACUUUCACAACUGGGACAGGGACGACGCGGUUUGCCCUACCUCCGAACAGUGCGUAACGGUAUCCACAGACGACCUCAAGUGGAGGGAGAGAUCGUGUGCUGAUAAAGUCGAUGGAUUUAUAUGCGAGUUUGUAUUUGACUUAAGUUGUCAACCACUGCCGCAUUCACAGAUCAAAACGUACCGGACGCCAUAUGACUUUGAGGGGCCUGACCUUAAAGUUUUACCGAUGGGAAGUGUGGCGGAGCUCGAUGAUGGGACUCAGUACAUUUGCACUGAUAACUGGCAGAAAUCACCGUGGACCUGUGAGAUCUUCGAAGGCGGCUGCGAGCAGAAGUGCGCCGUGGUUGACAGUAAGCCCGUAUGCACCUGCUCUCCUGGCUACUUGGUUGACGACCGCAACGGUCGAUCCUGCCGUUCAGUUGCGAAUGAUCCCUGUAAGGGAUCUGGCUGUGAACAAACCUGCAUUCCACAUAAUGGAAGUUUCACCUGCCUUUGUGAUCAAGGGUUCUCUCUGGAUGCAGACGGCAAGAGCUGCAAAGACAUAGAUGACUGCGCAGAUGAACGAAUUUGUGCGGGGUCUCACACGAUGUGCGUAAAUACGGUCGGAGGUUUCGAAUGCAAGUGCAAGAAGGGGUUUGAAAUGCAGAAAGGCAUUUGUGUGGAUAUAGACGAAUGCGCUAAAUGGCCAUGUGAACACGAAUGCAUCAACACACCUGGCAGCUACAACUGCUCUUGCUAUGAGAGACACAGGGUAUCAGACGAAGACCGUCACAAAUGCAUAUUGGAUUGCCCACACCAGGAAUGCCCAGCUGUUUGUGACCCCAACGAAAUUUUUCAGUGUGAAUGUCCAGAUGGUUUCGUCCUCGACGUUAGAGCAAAUGGCCGCUUUUGUGUUGAUUUCAACGAGUGUGAUAUGUAUUACUGCGAUCAGCACUGUGACAACAGCUUUGGUGGAUACACCUGUUCGUGCGGUGAGGGAUAUGAGUUGGUGGACGGUUACAAAUGUAUACCAUAUGAAGGAUCAGGCACCACGCCAUCAUAUAGCGAUGUCAUUCCGACCACCAAGUACACGACAGAGAGCCCAUCAGCUGUGACAGCCGGUAGUCUCCUUGGAAUUAUUGUUUGUGUUGUGUGUGCCUUGCUCGCCCUGGUUUUGCUCGCUCACCACUGUCUGAAACGCCGAAGUGAACAUUCACUCAUCGGUGCGCCUAAAAGCACUGACUUGCAUGACUUAGAACAUAUUACCACUGAAAACUUCAAGCCAAAUUUUUCAGAAAUACAGAUGAAAGGAGAUAGAUAGCUGCUAACGCCGUUUUUAAUGUAAUGCCAAAGAGCUAACGUCUGCCCUUUUCCUGGAGUUAGACUUUUGUGAACAAACACAACAAUAUCUGCAGUCGGUUCCCUGAAACGUUGGCAACUGCAAUUCUGUUACCUCCAAAAAUAGGAGAAAAUGAAGAAUAUAUUUUUUGAUUUGUGUAUAUAUAAAUGUAACUACAAUGCUAUAUGUACAGGAGUGAUAUAUUUUAUGUUUUUUUUUUUCGAGAAGCACAACGGAUUCUGAAAGGACACGAAUGAAUGUUUCUUGGGAGAAACUGUUUACUGUUGUUUGAUGUCUAUGCAAUAAAAACAAAUUAUUGUAGGCCUAUAACACGGAGGUCUUUUUAAA